CCUAGUAGAAACCAUUUCAUUGGUUGUUGUGUCUUGUCUUUUAUAAUAUUCUUCAUAGAUUGAUUAAUAAAUUGACUCAAAUUUGUCCCAUGCAAUGCAUUUCAGUCCAAAUUGGUCUGCUUGAUUUAAUCUAAAUUGAAAACACACACAUUCAUUUACAUAUUCAUCAUUGUGUUACUUACAAUUUUGUUGGAAUAUAAGGUAAUCACUGCCUCUUAAACUUCUUAGUUCGUUCUGUUCAUUUUUCUGCCACUGAUUCUGCUAGAAUUAGUUGGAUAUGGCUAAAGUUGCAGAAAAAAUGGUAACUAGGACAGUGGAUCUUCGGUCAGAUACAGUCACAAAACCGACUGAAACAAUGCGAGUUGCUAUGGCAAACGCUGAGGUCGAUGAUGAUGUUCUUGGCCGCGACCCUUCUUGUUUUCGCUUAGAAGAAGAGAUGGCAAAGAUAACGGGAAAAGAAGCUGCUCUUUUUGUCCCAUCAGGCACUAUGGGGAACCUCAUAUCUGUGCUUGUUCAUUGUGACAUAAGAGGGAGUGAAGUUAUUCUUGGAGACAAUUCACAUAUUCAUAUUUAUGAGAAUGGAGGCAUUGCAACCCUUGGAGGUGUACAUCCAAGAACAGUUAGAAAUAAUGAAGAUGGAACCAUGGAUAUUGAUUUGAUUGAGGCGGCAAUUAGAGAUCCAAAAGGGGAGCUUGUUUAUCCAACCACAAGGCUCAUUUGUUUGGAAAAUUCUCAUGGAAACACUGGUGGUAGAUGCCUUUCGGUUGAAUAUACAGAGAGAGUUGGAGAAGUUGCUAAGCAGCAUGGACUGAAGCUUCACAUCGAUGGAGCCCGUAUAUUUAAUGCAUCAGUUGCACUUGGUGUUCCUGUGGAUAGGCUUGUUCGAGCGGCUGAUUCAGUGUCAGUUUGCUUAUCUAAAGGUAUUGGUGCUCCAGUGGGAUCUGUAAUUGUUGGUUCCAACAGCUUUAUAACCAAGGCUAGAAGGCUUAGAAAGACCUUAGGUGGUGGAAUGAGACAGGUUGGCAUCCUUUGUGCAGCUGCACUUGUUGCAUUACAUGAAAAUGUUGAAAAGCUAGAAAGUGAUCACAAGAAUGCUAGAUUUUUGGCUGAUGGAUUGAAUGAAAUCAAAGGACUGAGGGUGGAUACAUCUUCUGUGGAAACCAAUAUUAUAUAUAUUGAAAUUGAAGAGAAUUCAGGAACCACAGCAGCAAAGCUAUCCAAGGACUUAGAAGAAUAUGGCAUACUUAUCAUGCCAAUGGGAACAUCAAGAUUGAGAGUUGUAUUCCACCACCAAAUAUCAGAUAGCGAUGUGCGAUACACUUUGUCGUGUUUUGAGCGUGCUGUUGCUGGAGAACCAAAUGAAAAUGGAAACUAGUUGAAGAAUUUCAAGUUUGUUAACUUUGUUUGAAAAAACAAAUUUUCAUUCAGUUGUGUGAAUAAAUAUGGACCUUUUGUUUUGUUUGUAAUUUUUAGGUGAACUCUAACCCAACACAUUAUUAAAAUAAUUAAAAUUAUUGGUUCAUAUUUUUA